AUGGAGGCGCUAUUAAAGACUUCGUCAGAAAGAAAUAUCUUUACUGGCUCGAGGCUCUCAGCCUUUACGGAGGCAAGAGCCGACGCACCCGCAUUACUCGAGCUAGUUCAAGAUGCGCGCCGAUUCAUUAUGUAUCACAAACAGGCGAUAGAGAACAGUCCUCUUCAGGCGUAUGCAUCUGCACUUCUGUUUAGUCCAGUCGGUAGCCUAAUAAGAGGUCUUUUCAAGCGCGAAGAGCCGAACUGGAUCGUAAUCCAGCCGCCCAUGAGAGAUGAAUGGACCGUCUGCCUUCAGACGCUCGAGGGCCACAGCGGCCAUAUCUACUUAGUGGCAUUCUCAGACGACUCGACCCAGCUCGCGUCGGCAUCGGACGGUACGGUUAAGAUCAGGGAUGCGGGUAGUGGCGCCUGCCUACAGACGCUCGAGGGUCACAGCGACUCGGUCAGCUCGGUGGCAUUCUUACACGACUCGACCCGGCUCGCGUCGGCGUCGCUCGACGGCACAGUCAAGCUCUGGGACGCAGGCAGUGGCGUCUGCCUGCAGACGCUCGAGGUUGGGACGGUACUCUACAAUAUAUCGUUCGAUGUCGCUACUUCAUGUCUUCGUACUGAAAUCGGUACCAUUGCUAUUAAUUCUUCAUCAGCUUUAUAUACGACCCCGAAUGUAACAAAGCCCCAACGUCCACGAUCUCAAGGCGGGGGAAUAAGUUCGGAUGGAGGGUGGAUAACAUAUAACUCGGAGAACCUCGUGUGGCUACCCUCAGAAUAUCGGCCUUUAUGUUCGGCCGCAUCGGCAAAGACUGUCGGUAUCGGCGUUGGAUCUGGGAAGGUAUGGAUGUGCAGCUUCAACGUCGAUGUAUUGUAG